AUUCGCUGACGGACAAAGAUUAAGAUGUCGGAAAACGCUCAAAACAAUAGCUGCCUGCAUUGUUCCGUAUUUAAUACGAAAUACCAGUACCAGGAGAUAUUCGAUGAGUUUGGGAUUGAACUGGGACUACAGUCCCUGCUGGCCAAGCACUUCAACAUCGAUGUGUCCCCCGAUCCGCAAAAACAACAGCUCCUCUGCGAGGUGUGCGUCAAUAAUCUCAUCCGCCUCUUCGACAUCGAUGAAUUGGAAAGGGAAAGGGACCGAAAAAGGGACGCGCCAAACGAUGUGGUUCAGAAUGACGAGCCCGAGCAGAAGGAACCUGUUAUCAUUACAGAGGUUGCGGCACCAGCUCCAGUUGCAAAGCCUACCAAGAAGUCUUCGCAUCCAAAGCCGCUGACCAAGAUCCUGCGUCCUGUGCCCCUGGCACCCACCCGGGAACCAAGUGCCCGUCUCAGGAAAGUGGCAGUUAUAGAAUCCCAGACAGCACCUGGUCUAUCUACACCUAUAAGCCGAAAAAACAGUACGGUCCACAAUGCGAAUUCCAUUAAAAAGGAAGACAAGCCAGCUCCCAAGGACGUAGAUCAGGAGCAGAUCAAUGUUCUUAUACAAAAUAUCCUUUCUGCCGAUGAGGUUAUUACCGAAGAUGACGCUAUUGCCGAAGAGGUGGCUGCGGAAGUAAUUCAGACCUCCGAAGAAACGGAAACUUCUGGGGAAAUGGUUAUCCUAAACAAUGAAUCCGCGUCGGAACCCCUUCUAGAUGAGCAUGUCUAUAUAUACGAGCAUGAGGAUAUCUUGGAUCCGAAUUCAGAGGAGGUAAAGGUCAAGCCACUGGUUCGUUCAUCAAGAAAGGUGGAAAAGGAGGAAAGCCAAAGCGAAGGGGAAAUUGACGAGGGAGAAAGCAACAUAAUUCUUUUCAACUUUGUUGAUAUCAAAGAAAAGGAUGACAUUGGUGACCUUUCGGAGUACCUGUCCACUGUGGUAAAGACCAGCUUUGAGAAGCUUACAUUUGAGUGGUGCACGGUGUGCAAACAUUGCUCUCUGAAGUGUCCCACUUUUGAGAUCCUCUUCAAUCACAUUCUAAAGAGACACAAAAGCCGAAGAGCUGUCUACCAGUGUCCAAUUGAAGGCUGCAGUAAGGAGUUAAAGGGACCCCAAUUUCUGGCCAUGCACUUGGUUCUAUUACAUGCACCUGUGGCAGAAAUUCCGAUUUACGGCAGCUGUCCAGAGUGUAAAAUGACAUUCUCCAACAUUUUGCAGUACAACAAACACUCGUGUGCCCAUGUCAUUAAAAAGAAAAGAGGCAUUCGCUCGUUUUGCGAAAUGUGCUCCAUUGAGUUUCCAUCAUGGAAGAGAUUUAAUUUUCACAACCAAUUUCAUUUGGAAAGGCACAGACCUCGUGCAUGUUUCGUCUGUGAUUAUGCCAACACCAAUAUCGAUGAGCUUUUCCAGCAUUUAAAUUACGCCCAUGAACCUGUGGGCACUUUAUUUUGCGAUCUUUGCGACCGAACUUUUCGGGAUCAGGCAGUUUUUAUGGAACACAACAAGUCGCAUGCCAAUGUUAGUAGUACAACCUACUCUUGCGGCGAAUGUAUGGCAAACUUUGAGUCGCGAGGACGAUUGAAUGGGCAUAUGAGAGCCAUGCAUGGCACUGUUAUAAGUUGCGAGCUAUGUUCACGUGAAUUUGCCACUGAAGCCUCCUACAACAUUCAUAUGAAGAAGCAUUUGAUCAUAGAGAGAGAUGUUCACGUAUGCAGCCAGUGUGGCUUGUUGAGUGACAGCCGGGAAGUCUUGCUUGCCCAUGCGGAUUUAGUGAAGUCUCCCUGUUUUGGCACUAAAAUUUACAUGGAACUGCUACGCGAUGCAUACGUUUGCGAGUACUGCUCCUCUUACUUUAAGGAAAAGGCAAAUCUUCAAGCACAUCGAGACUCGGGAGUACAUAAGGAUGGAUUGUACUGGUGUCAGCCGUGUGGCAAAGAUUUCCCCCACAUGAAGCUGUACCGUCAUCAUCUGCGAAACUAUCAGCAGCUGCGAACGGACUCAACGCAUCGGAAGCUAGAGAUUUGUGUCUUUUACAUGUGCGAUCAGGAGAACUGUUCUGAAGCUUAUAUAAACUGGAACUCAUUGUACACGCACAAAAGGCGCACCCACGAAUCAGCAAACAAGCAGGCCGAUAAACCCUCAAAGGCCCCUCAAGAAUGGAUUUGCCAGUUUUGUUCAAAGGAGUGCCGCUCCAAAAUGUCCUUGUCUGUUCAUGUGGCAAGGAGCCACAAUAACGAUAACGUGGUUUGUCCUUUGUGCAAUGCCUCGUACAAAGGAAAGGAAGCUCUGGCCCAGCAUCAUGCUUAUUGGCACGAACCCAUCGAGUGCCCUCAGUGUUUCAAGAUUGUAAAAAAUCGAAGGAAUUAUGAUACUCAUGUAAAUGUGGUGCAUUCAAACAAGAAGCGAUAUUCGUGUAGCGUUUGCCAGAAGGGUUUCUAUCACAGAAGUGAAAUGGAGGCGCAUCAAAAGCUUCAUGGCCAGUCUUACAAUUGCGACCAGUGUAGCUUCGUCACCAAAAACAAAAAGUCCCUUUCAGUUCACAUUCUCGGUCAGCAUUAUAAGCGUUUUGCCUUUGAGUGCAAAACUUGUAAGAAGAGGUUUGGUCGACGUCAGGGCCUAAAUACUCACAUGCAACGAGCCCACGGAUCUAGUUAUAAGUGCCGGGAUUACUGCGAAGGCGGCUGUGGACGCGUAUUUGUAAAUAGUUCCCAGUUGAACGUACAUGUGCGGAAAGUGCACAAUGGCGUUAUUUUCCUUCAAGAGGAUGUAGUCGAAGAGGAAGAAUAUAACAGCGAUGGCCCAUCCACAUCCAAAAAGCGAUGCAUUCGAAUCAACAAUGACAAUAUUGAGUUUGUGGAAGGCGACGAAGAUGAUCCUGAUGUUAUUGAGAUGGAAGAAGGAGACGAGGUUAAGGAUGAAUUUCUUGCGGAAACACAAGAUGAAGAGAUUAAUAAUUGA